AUGCGAUUCAUUUAAUUCGCUCUUGUCGGCAAGCCAGACAGACUUCGACUAUAAAUGCUUUAUAGGAAUCGCAUGUGCAGAAAUAGCGCGCUGUUGGGCUGAAGACACUGCGGUGACAAACACACACAGCUCCCAAGAUUGAUACGCUCUCUGGGAGAGAUCCUGGCGUGUCACCGUGUGUGAUUCUUGCUUCAAUACAGCGAAGAUGCCUCACUGAAGCCUACCUUUUUUUAAAGGACCAGCUUGAUGGUGGCAGUUGAAUGUGAAAGACAGGAUUUUGUGUUUCGCAGAGGAAUCUGGAAUCUCACUCUGGAAAAUGACAUAUUGUGGGCUCGGCUUUCUUUGAAACAUCACUGGAAAUGGAGUGAGAGGAGACAAAAAACAAAUAUAGUGGAUAGAAGAAACAUACAGCAACCCAGAGGAGACCUCCGGCAGACGGCUGAUGGUGAAGCUAUUAUCUCAGGGACGGGCUUUCAGUUUGAGGAUGGAAUGAGGGGAAUCUGUCCUUGACCAGGGGAUUAUGGGGAGGUGGAGAGAAACCAUAUAAGGUUUUUUUUUUUUUUAAAUGAAGAACAAUUCAGAUAGUGUAUUUAAAAGCACACUCUGAGACACUACAAGAAAAGCAAAUACUACAAUGGGCGGUGAAUUCGAAGACUGACACAAAGAGCAGCUCCAUUAAUGGCCUACAGAUGAAUUGGGACCCCACCACAUGUGCAGUUCACAUAUAAAGAGUCUACCUGGCUUGUGGUUUUCUUGCUUUUACCUCCACCACUGAUGCUAAAAAUGGACUCAAUUGCUUUUGAUGUUAAGAAGCCUUAAAACAAUUCCUGCAUUUCUUCAGGGCUAUCUAUAAAGUCAUCAGUCUGAGCCACUGUGGAGAAAUGUCUAACAUUAAGAUGCAACCACCUGUUGGAAGAGGAUGUAUGAAAGACUGGUUUUCAAAAACUACACCAAUCUACUACAGACAACGAGUUCCUAUCUGUUUUUCUUUCCUCCUCAUCCCCAUCUUCCUACUCCUCUUCUCCCUGGUUACACCCGCUCUGUCCAUUCAUAUGGAGUCCAUAGAGAGCCACAGCGAGUUUAGCUGUGAGCCCAUCAGACUGAGAAUGUGCCAGGAUCUGCCUUACAACACCACCUUUAUGCCCAAUCUACUGAAUCACUACGACCAGCAAACAGCUGCACUAGCCAUGGAGCCUUUUCAUCCCAUGGUAAACCUAGUGUGCAGCGCAGACCUGAGGAUGUUCCUAUGUGCCCUGUACGCCCCGGUGUGUACUGUCUACGGCCAGGUGUCCAUGCCAUGUCGAUCCCUCUGCCACCGGGCCAAGGAUGAGUGCCACAAAAUCAUGGAGAUAUUUGGAGUAGCCUGGCCAGAUGACAUGGAGUGUAGCAGGUUCCCAGACUGUGAUGAGCCCUAUCCUCGUCAAGAGGACCUGCUAACAGGCUCUGACCCCACUGACAAGUCAUCCAUGACUGUCCAGAGAGACUACGGUUUCUGGUGCCCCAGAGAGCUCAAGGUCGACCCAGACCUGGGUUACACAUUCAUGGGCAGGAAGGACUGUUCUGCCCCGUGCCCCUCAAUGUUCUUCAACCAGCAGGAGCUGACCUUCACCCGCUACUUCAUAGGAGUCGUUUCCAUUGUGUGUCUGUCCGCAACGCUCUUCACCUUCCUGACGUUUCUCAUUGAUGUUACCAGGUUUCGAUACCCUGAGCGACCAAUAAUCUUCUAUGCUGUGUGUUAUGUCAUGGUGUCGCUGGUUUUCUUUCUGGGGUUCCUGUUGGAAGGCAGAGUAGCGUGCAACGCAGUCAGUCCUGCCCAGUUCAGAGCUUCAACCAUAACACAGGGAUCACACAACAAGGUAUGCACCCUGUUCUUCAUGGUCCUGUAUUUCUUCACCAUGGCUGGCAGCGUGUGGUGGGUCAUACUGACAAUCACUUGGUUCCUGGCCGCUGUACCUAAAUGGGGCAGCGAGGCCAUUGAGAAGAAAGCCCUCCUCUUCCACGCUGUUGCCUGGGGGCUCCCAGGGGUCCUGACUGUCACCCUGUUGGCCCUGAACAAAAUUGAAGGAGAUGGGAUCAGUGGAGUGUGUUUCAUAGGGCUGUAUGACAUAGAUGCCCUGAGGUGGUUUGUUCUGGCACCGCUCUGCCUCAACGUGGCGGUGGGUGUCUCUCUCCUGUUAGUGGGCAUUGUGGCUCUGAACCGGGUGCGCAUGGAGAUCCCUCUGGAGAAGGAGAACCAGACCAAACUAGUCAAGUUCAUGAUCCGAAUGGGAGUGUUCUCUGUGCUCUAUCUGGUCCCCUUGUUGACUGUGAUUGGGUGCUACCUGUACGAACACACCUACCGGAGCAUUUGGGAGACAACGUGGAUGGAGGAGAACUGCAGGCGCUAUCACAUCCCCUGUCCAUACAAGGUAGAGAGAGAGGUGGAGAAGACCAGCCGGCCAGUCAUGGUUUUGUUCCUAAUUAAAUAUCUGAUGAUGUUGGUGGUGGGGAUCCCCUCUGUUUUCUGGGUGGGCAGCAAGAAGACCUGUUUUGAAUGGGCCAGUUUCCUGCAUGGACGCCGACGCAAAGACAGUGGGGUGAAUGAGUCUCGUCAGGUGCUGCAGGAGCAGCCAGACUUUGCCCAGUCUCUGCUGCGUGAACCCAACACCCCCAUCAUCAGGAAGUCCAGAGGAACGUCCACUCAGGGCACCUCUACCCAUGCCUCUUCCACCCACUUGGCUGUUCUGGACGACCUCGACGAACCAGUCAGAACUCACCACGGCCACCCCACCUCCACCAGGAGUAAGGCCAGCAGCGUCCACAGCAAGGCCAGCUACCACGGCAGCCUGCGCCGCACUCGUGACGACAGGAGUGAUACUAUGGUUUACCGAGGUACCGAGAAGCACAGUUUCCAUGGCAGCAUGCCACAUCUCGAUCACCCGCUCUCCACUCACAGCAGCCUCCAUCAGAUAGACAGCCACUCAAGGCACGGCAGCCAGCGAGACGUAUCCGAGGCCCCACCUACCCUCAUUACCCACGGAACAACGGCGAGUGACAGCCAAACUGCUGAGAACGAUGGCACCAGCGCCUGAGAAGAGCCAUGAAUUUCACAGGAAAUUAUUGUAAGGAUGCUGUCGAUGCCUUUUUAAAGGAAGAUUUGCUCCCGGCAGACACACGCCCGUCAGUUUAGUGUGUAAGUGUUGUCCUCUAUGAAGAUGGAGAAUGUACCAGUGAGUGCUGUGGUGGUGAUUUAUGGUGUUAGUUCCUUGCUGAUCAUUUGUUAGCAGUGUGGCUAAAGGCUAACAUAGUUCAGUCUGUGAACUUGACUGAUCUCUCAUAGAUUCAGUUAAGUUUCACUGUAAGCCGGACAGGUUUGUUUACUUAAUUAUUUGAAUUGACACAGCAGAUGACUCCUGAAUGCUCAACUCAAACAGGCUGGGCCAACAAGAAUAAAUCCAUCUCCUCAGACGUUUGGCGACACCAGUGAUGCUGACAUUAUUCAGGGAUCUUUUUGUUUGUACCCUGGUAAACCAGAGCUAGCACUUGAUAGGAAACACCAAAAAAGUGGAAAGGAGAAGUCGUCAUACUUUAUGGACAAGAACACUUAGAUUAAAAUAGUUUCCUGCAGGUGUACACCGUACAAUUCAUCAGAUCCCAGAUUUGGAGAGCAGCAUGACCAGUCUUAUGGUGGCAUUAUUUCCAAAUCCUGAUCUUUCACCAUCUUGCAGGACCUACGUGAAUAUUAUUAAAUAUGUGAACACUGCCGAGUAUUGCUUUUGUAACUGGUUUGCCCACUCUCUUGGUAAUGUCUCAUAGAAUUUGACUUAUUUCAGUAUCAGUCUUGACUGAGACGAUUAUUCCCAAUCUUUUUGUUCUGGACUGCAGCUCUUAAUGAAUGAUGUUUAUCUUUGUGUGGCUUCAGAGGCCGACAAAAAGGGGCUCAAUGUGAAAUCGUGGACCUCUCUGUGGUUUAGUGGAAUAUUUUUAUACUGUGAAAAUUGUCUGUCUGCUGCUGAAAGCUUCAUUUUGUUAGUGUGUGUGUGUGAGAGGGAGAAAUAGAGACACAAGUGGUCAUAUAUGUUUUAAACUUCACCCCUCCAGUGGUGAAAAGAAAGCAUGAUGGAGGGAGCUGAAAGAUGAAAACUUGUGUAACCCAGAAUGUAAAAGGGUUGUUUCAGACUCAGAAAGAUGGAGAUAUAAUACAGACAUGGUCGGGUGAAAUGAGCUGGAAUAACGUGUGCACUUAGACACACACUUGCAUUUAUUCCAGCUCAGACUUAUUUUUGCCCUCCCAAAACCAUUUUAGCUUGACAGACAGAAGAGGCAGCUUUGGAAACAAGCAAGAUGACAGUUUACUUUUUGAACAGUUACACGUUCAGUCAGUUGUCGCCAACCAAUCUGUGUCAUAGAAUCCAGAAAAUAAACAGAAUAAGAGUACUGAUAAAAGUUAGUAUUGUAACCCAAAUUCAGGUACAUGUGCAUCACUACAUAUAAGCCUCAUGGCUGCAUAGACUGGAGUGCAAUUUCAACAUGAAAACCAAUAACAGUGCUUCUAUUUUAAAAUCUGUCGUAUACAUGUGGCUGAACAGUUGUUUUUUUUUUUUUUUUGAGAGGAAGUGCUUUUUUUUCUAAUGUAAUUUUCACCACUGUACUUGAGAUGAACCUAAACUGCUACUGUACAUGCUCUUUGCUCAUGUUUGUUUGUGUUCAGACAUAGAACUCAGACUUACCCAAAGUGGUGCAGACAAUUGGCAGUGAAACUGUAGGAAAAGAAAUGGUCGCUUUUGGUGCAUUGCUACAUUUUCUCUGACAUUAUUUUACAUUUAAGUAAAUGUUACAGCAAGUGCGUAUUGUAAAUGUUUUUUUAUAGUUUGUGUUUUGUUCCCAGUCCCUGAAGACCCAAUUAACCUACCUCACCUGUACCCUCGGCCUUCUCUGUACCUGCGCAAACACACACACACAUUAUUGGGUGCAUUUUGUAAAGUAAAAAAAUUGUUGUAAACUCAACGCGAAUAAUCGGUUCAGUAAAAAUGGUGGUGCUUA